GUUUGAUUAAAAGUGAUAAUUUUACUGUGGUUUGCCAAGUCAAGCUAAAAAAUGUAUUUGAAAGCUGCUCUUCCACUCUACUGCAAAUGAAACAAUAGAACUCCUUCCUGUGUUUUGUCAUACGUGUGAUUUAAAUAGGAAAGAAUUCGAGAUGAAUGACAACAAAAAUCAUCAUCAUAUGAUACUCGAAGUUAUAAUCAGGCUGACGUUAGGUGUCAUAUUUUUGGUUUUAGAAUAUGCUGAGCCUUUUCAUAGAAAGAUUCAACCAGAAGAGAUGUGGUUGUAUAAAAAUCCAAAAACAUUCAGUUACAUUCCAACACGUAUUUUAUGGCCAAUUAUUUGCAUUGUUCCAUUUUUCAUUACUUUUGUGACUAAUUUGCUCAACCGUAAUAAAGUAGAUGGAUUUCAAGCAUUUCUAGCUCUCACCUUAUCAUUUGGAAUCAAUGGCUUAAUUACAAAUAGUGUGAAACUUAUUGUUGGCAGGCCUCGACCGGAUUUCUUCUACCGCUGUUUUCCGGAUGGCAAAGGAGAUGCUCAGUUCAUGUGCACUGGAAAGAAAGAAGAAAUUAUUGAAGGUCUGAAGAGUUUCCCAAGUGGACAUUCAUCUUUUGCUUUCGUCAGUAUGACUUUCUGCACGUUGUACUUAUGUGGUAAGUUACAGAUAUUCAAUCAAAGAGGGCGAGGUCAAGCAUGGAGAGUUUUACUGGCAUUGAGCCCCAUGUUUGCUGCUCUUGUUAUAGCUCUCAGCAGAACUUGUGACUAUCAUCACCACUGGCAGGAUGUUUUAGUGGGUUCUGUGCUUGGUAUUGUCACAGCUUGGCUUUCAUAUUUUCAAUAUUAUCCACCCCUUUCUCAUCCGAAUUGCGGCAUUCCAUACAGCAUCUUGAUGAACAUGUCAAUUACGGAGAAUGCAAGCUCUGAGCAGCUAAAAAAGUCGGACAGUUUGGAAAAUGUCUCUGUCAAAUGGAUAUAACAGAAUGCUAAUUUUAAUUUAUCACUGUUAUAUGUUGAAAAUUUUAAAAACAUGUACCCAAAAUACAUCUGUGCUUGUUAUUUGUAUAUGUAAUGUAAUAACACUAGUCAUAUUGAGUGAUGAAGUUCUGUUUUACACAUCUUUUAUUGAAAUGUAAAAAAGACACUUCAGAUACUGAAAAUUUAUUUUGAUAAUUUACUUUUAAGUGAUCAUCGAGCAAAAAAGGAAAAAUUUGUUAAUUAAACGUUGGAGGUCGGUUUAAUGAUGAUUAUGAACAAGUUUCUAUUGAUUAUGAACAAAAUAAUGUACAAUCAAACCUUUCUUUACAAGUUUAAUUUGUACCAGAGUGCUCAUUUGCUAUGUUAAACACUAUUUAAGCGAAGCAAUUCUAUAUGCAACAGUUUAAUGCAGCAUAGUGUAUAUUAUUAAGAAAUAUGUUUCAAAAUUUUAAAUUAUGAGUGAUUAUAAUCCCUACCUUUUAAUAAACAAGAAGUUCUGUCUAGAACUAGACCAGCCUACUUUCCCGUAUACCCAUACUACUUUCUAGUACCUGAUCAAUAUUCUCAAAAAUAGCUAAAAUCGCAAAUUUUUUCAAACAUAUUUUUAAAAUACUUUCAGCUGAUUUCUAGGAAUAAAAUAUUCCUCACUCAUCUAAAAAAAUUAAAUGCGUAAAAAAAAAAAUUGCAGCAACUUUUAAACAAAGCAGCUAAUACACUUUUUUCCAUUAAAAAAAUCCUUAACAGCUUCCAGAAAGAAAAAAUAAUAAUUAAAAUCAAUAAGCUCAUUAAAAUAAAUAAAUCAUAUCAAAAGAAAAAAUCUUUUCUUUUUCUCCUGUUGCCAAAAACAAUUUUUUAAAUGAAUUAAUGCACUUACCAAAAUAAAUAAAAACAAUAAAAUGUCAACUUUAAGAAAUAAUUUUCAUUGUCAAAAAGAAAAAAAAAUCGUCUGGGCAUAUCUUUAUGUAGAAACAUAAAUGACUUCGAGUUUAUUUGCCGAAAACUGAAUACCUAAAUUAAAACUUUAGCUUAAAAAUAAAAACAAGUCAAAUCAACAAUAAUUAUUUCACAGUCAAAUCCAUAGCUGUGGAGUCGGAGUCAAUCUCACUUUGGGGUAAAGGAGUCAGAGUCGAAUAUCUAAGAAUCGGAGUCAGUCAUUUGUCCUCCGUGUAUAAAUUUUUGCCAAAGCUACGAAGUCAGAGUCAAAGUUGGGGAGUCAGAGUCCAAUGAAUUGUCGGGUAUAGGAGUCGGAGUCAAGUGCCCCUAAAUUCUCGCAGUCGAAGUCUGUAGUUUGGCGUCGAGCUAUUUCCAACAAAAUUUGUUUGAAAAAAAUCCGUCUUCAAGUAAGGAAUCUACAUUGACUUUCAGUUUCCUCGUAGGCGCUAAUGUUAAGAGAUUUGAACUGUUCAAAAUUGAACAGAAAAUUGUUCAAAUCAAAAAGAUAUUUUAUAUACAAGUUUUUCAUCAAAAGCUUUUUCCUACAAAGUUUGUUUGAAGCAAAUUCGCCUCACAGUUCGGAAUUGCCUUGAAUUUCUCCGUAGGCGCUAAUGUUAAGUUUUUUUGAACUGUUCAAAAUUGAACAAAAAAUAGUUCAAAUCAAAAAGUGAAAUAUGGGAAUGAGGUGUCCUCGCCGAGAUCUUUCGAACAAAAAAAAGUUUGUUCG